CGAGCGCAGGAGGCAGGAGGAAGUUCACUCGUUCAUUACAGAAAAACAGGAAGGGUACAAACUCACAGGUAGUGCAGGAGAAGUCCAAGAAAAUCCAAGGCAGCAACUCUAAACAGAAGUUAAUAUUCCUGCAAGGAAAAAAAACUCCAAACUUCACAGGGAACAAACACACAGACGGCAGGCAGGAGAUUAAACACAGGAUGUCACUUAACUGGUCCGCCGUGAGGUCAUCAUUGGCUCCACCCACCAGCACGGUAGCCCCGCCUCCUCCCAACACCUCUCAGUUUCCCCCUCUCACAGACUGGGAGGUUCCCAGUUUCACCCGGGCCGCUCAGUUCCGUGUUGGAGCCACCUUUGUCCUCUUCCUGUUCGCUGCUUGCAGUAACCUCGCCCUGUUGGCCAGCGUGUGGCGUGGCCGGCGGCUGGCUUCUCACUUGCGGCCACUGAUGUUGAGCCUGGCAUUGGCCGACCUGAUGAUGACGUUCGUGGUGAUGCCUCUGGACGCAGUGUGGAACGUGACGGUGCAGUGGUACGGAGGAGACGCGCUCUGUAAGCUGCUCUGCUUCCUGAAGCUGUUCGCCAUGCACGCCUCUGCCUUCAUUCUUGUCGUCAUCAGCCUUGACCGCCAGCACGCCAUCCUGCACCCACUGGACGCCCUGACCGCGCACCGCAGGAACCGACGUAUGCUGCUGCUGGCCUGGAGCCUCAGCCUGCUGCUCGCAUCACCACAGCUGUUUAUCUUCCGGGCGAUCAGGGUGGAGGGCGUCGACUUCACUCAGUGCGCAACUCACGGCAGCUUCAGCCGCCGCUGGCAGGAAACCUCCUACAACAUGUUCCACUUCACCACACUUUACGUCGUCCCCCUGCUGGUGAUGAGCUGCUGCUACAGCCGCAUCCUGCUGCACAUCCACCUACAGCACCUGAGAAACAAAGGUAAGACACACCUGUAUCAGACCUGCAUCACACCUGUAUCACCACUGAAACACACCUGUCUCACAUGUGUCUCACACCUGCAUCACACCUGUCUCACACCUGUUCAUCCUGCUGCACAUCCACCUGCAGCACCUGAGAAACAAAGGAGACCAGAGUAA